AUGUCUUCUGAUUUUGUUCUCCGUCUCCCAGAAACUCCCAUCAUUGUGGGGUUUGGUGGGGUUGGCGUGGAUUUUCUGGCUGUAGUGCCAUUUUUUCCUAACCCUGACACCAAAAUCAGAACCACUGAAUUCAAGGUCCAAGGUGGUGGAAACACUGGAAAUACUAUGACAUGUGCUGCCCGCUUGGGCUUAAAGCCAAGAAUAAUUUCCAAGCUUGCAAAUGAUGCUCCGGGUAAGGCUAUGCUGGAGGAACUAGAAGCUGAAGGGGUGGAUACCUCUUUUUUAGUGGUUUCGAAGGAAGGGACUUCACCAUUUAGCUACAUCAUUGUUGACAACCAAGCGAAAACAAGGACAUGUAUUUUCACUCCAGGAUAUCCUCCAAUGGUCCCAGCUGAUCUUCUCCAAGACAAUUUGUUGUCUGCACUGGAUGGAGCAAGAGUAGUCUAUUUUGAUGCAAGGAUGCCUGACAGUGCUCUUGUCAUUGCUCAAGAGGCAUUUCUUCGGAAUAUAUCUAUCAUAAUUGAUGCUGAAAGGCCUAGGGAAGGGUUGAACGACCUCCUGGAAUUGGCUGAUUAUGUUGUAUGUUCGGAAAAAUUUCCAAAGGCAAGCCUGGACAGAGGCAUCAUCUAUUCCAAGAGCACUAGUUUCAAUUAUUUUAAGAUUGCCAAGACUUAA